AUGCCAGAUCUGUCAUCCCUGGACAGCAAUGGGAAUUCAGCAGCACAUACCUCUCAGCAUCAACAGGAUGCUGUGUGGCUUAUGAAGACCACCCACACCAACGUGUUCCAGGCAUGGAGCAGCAAGACUACCACUGCAAAACCGCCAACACCACGCACAGUUCCACCGGGGCCGCGCGCUGGUUUGACCAACACGGUGCGCAUGAACACCACUGUGUCUGCCCGACCUGAUAGGUUUAUCACGGUAUGCAUUGAAGCUCGCAUCAGGAAGGAGUUGUACCACUCUUUAGGACAAAUUCAACGUGCAUACCCUGCUGACAAGGACAUGGACGCCAUAGUCGACGAAUGCAUCAAAUCCUGGAAUGAGUCGACAUGGAACUCGAGGGUCAAUCAAAGUCUGAGUAGGGAGGAUAUCUCUCUGCGAUGGUCAGGGAAUAUUCUCCCAGAGCCUGGUACCGAGCACAAGAAGCUUGGUCAGUUCUACGAUGACCACUAUACCCUCAGAAACUGCGACGUCUUUUUUGGGAACAUACCCAAGACAAUGAAGGGUCUCAAGGGGGAGGUGGUCCUCCUUGAGAUACUCAUUGAUGCUCAGGCGUUUGAGGAGCAUACAGGAUGUGCCACAUCUGUACAGGCCAAAGGCGGGGUGCGAGGGUGCCCUCCUAAACGGGCACUUGAAAAGGACAGUGCAGUCGUCAGCGCAAACAGCAAGCGUGCACACAUGUUGUGGGACAUCUCCGAUGGUGCACAGAUCCUACGUGCCACCCUUGGCAUCACGGAGGAGGCUUCUGGGACGACCAAACGAGUAUAUCAUCUCGAGCUCCAUGAAGGCGAUGAGAAACCACGCAAGUACAUUGCCAAGCGGUUCUUCAAUGUGGGCAAAGGUGCAGGGAUGGUGUUGUGUGAGGACAACCUUGAGUACCUCACUCUCAAUGCUAAGCACCUUGCCCUGGCCGCAAGGUGCCUUGAGGAAUUCUACGCACUUGCUGAUCAGAAGGGUGCCGAGGUUGCGCGAGACUACUCAGUGACAUCGUGGCUACUUGCACAGGAGACCAUCGAGCGUCCAGACGGAACCCCCUCGUCUGCAUCUGGCAUCUCGAAGUACAAGUGGAAGAACAAGACGACAUUCAGCGACUGGGAUGCCGGAGUUGUGUGGUUGCUCAAACCACAUCGUUCAGUGGCUGUAGAGAAAUGGUCAGGCACAAUGCUGCACCCAAACUGCACUGGAAAGUGGCAUACGAUGAUGAGUGCGUUUGCACACUUCUCAUUUCUGUUUACCGAGAAGAGUGCUGUCCUUGUCAAUCUUCAGAGUUCGUACGGGAAGCAUACAAAUGGCAGUCCAGGUAUGUAUGGCAAGGUACUGUUCGACAUAAUGACCCACACGGAGGCAGGACAAUCAGGUGUUGGCAACCAUGGGCCCGCGGGUAUACGCAAGUUUGUAGAGGACCACCAGUGCAACGCACUGUGCGGCACUGGAACUCAGCACACUCUCUGA